AUGCCCGCCUUGGAGACACGGGAAAGUCACGUUUUGUCGUGGAAGUGGAAUGAGCAGGGCCUUGCGGUCUACAGUCAGGAAAAGUUGGUGAAAGGAGCCGGAGAGUUAACUUUGGUGUGGUACAGUGUCACAAAAAUACUUAAGCCUCAGUAUUUGUUUUUAGGUGGAGUGACCUUUUUUGUCGCCCUGUACGAUUAUGAAGCWAGGACGUCAGAUGAUCUGUCGUUCAGAAAAGGGGAUCGCUUUCAGAUUAUCAACAACACGGAAGGUGACUGGUGGGAGGCCCGCUCCAUCAACACAGGAGAGAAUGGUUACAUCCCCAGCAAUUAUGUGGCCCCAGCUGACUCCAUACAGUCUGAAGAGUGGUACUUUGGAAAAUUGAGCCGAAAAGCCACUGAGCGUCUCUUAUUGCUACCAGGAAAUGAGAGGGGAACUUUCUUAAUACGAGAGAGCGAAACAACAAAAGGAGCCUACUCUCUGUCUUUACGCGACUGGGACGAAUCAAAGGGAGACAACGUCAAACACUACAAGAUCCGCAAGCUGGAUAAUGGGGGUUAUUACAUUACUACACGAGCGCAGUUUGUGUCCCUACAGAUGCUGGUGAAACACUACACAGAACAUGUGGACGGUCUGUGCUACAAGCUGAUCACUGUGUGCCCGACGGUGAAGCCGCAAACUCAGGGACUUGCUAAAGAUGCCUGGGAAAUCCCCCGAGAGUCCCUCCGAUUGGACGUCAAACUGGGACAGGGCUGCUUCGGUGAAGUCUGGAUGGGCACAUGGAAUGGAACCACUAAAGUAGCAAUCAAGACACUCAAACCAGGGACCAUGUCUCCAGAGGCUUUCCUGGAGGAAGCUCAGAUCAUGAAGAAACUCAGACACGAUAAGCUGGUGCCGCUUUACGCCGUGGUGUCUGAGGAGCCCAUUUACAUCGUCACUGAGUUCAUGGGUAAAGGUAGUUUGCUGGACUUUCUGAAAGAAGGAGAUGGAAAACAUCUGAAGCUUCCACAGCUGGUGGACAUGGCUUCACAGAUCGCAGACGGCAUGGCCUUCAUUGAGAGGAUGAACUACAUCCACAGGGACCUCAGAGCCGCCAACAUCUUGGUGGCGGACAACCUGGUCUGUAAGAUCGCAGACUUCGGCUUGGCUCGGCUCAUAGAGGACAACGAGUACACGGCUCGUCAAGGUGCUAAAUUCCCCAUCAAGUGGACGGCCCCAGAAGCUGCUUUGUACGGUCGCUUCACAAUCAAAUCAGACGUGUGGUCGUUUGGAAUACUACUGACAGAGUUGGUAACAAAGGGCAGAGUUCCAUAUCCAGGUGAGCAGAACACAGAUGCUCGUACACACCAAAGAUGUCUUAUAAGGAUGUGCUGCUUCAGGAUUCCUCCUCCCUCCCGGCUGCCCGCCUUGAUAUUUUAACUCCGUCAUUUAAAU